AAUUGAAAGUGAAACUCAAGUCUCUUCGAAGCAACAACGCCUCGUUUACGGAUUGUUACACCAUCUAUUAACCACAUAAGGCAGAAUGUCAGUGCAGUUCUCUGGCUGGGAGGUGAUCGAUGAUGGUGCUUCUUUUCCUGGCGUGUUGCUGAAUUCAGCUCAGAAACCCCAAAACCGGGGCGUCUACACCAUGUACCAUGGAACCAGCAUUAAUUGUGCCAAACUCAUCAUUUCCAGUGGUUUUAAACAGUCAUCGAAUGGUAUGCUGGGAAAGGGUGUGUAUGUCAGUCGUGACAAGAGAAAGGCUUCAAAUUAUCCUCUGCACAGCAAGACUAGUGACCGUGUGGUCCUGGAACUACGUGUGCGUGUUGGUCGUGUGAAGCGUAUUGACAAGGACAACCAUCCUUUGCAGUAUAGCUGGAAUGCAAAAGGCUAUGACACAGCCUGGGUGCCCCCCAAUUGUGGCAUGUUAUCUGUACCCAGUGGCCUAGAAGAGGAUUGCGUGUAUGACCCCAAAAGAGUCAAGGUGGUAGGCAUUGCAAAGGCCCCGGACACUGCCACACAAAAAGACCUUCAACAGCUUCUAGAUAAAAAAUCCAAGAGAGGACAAGAUGGUGCUGCAAACCUGUGCCCUCAGUGCAAAAGAAAGACCCAGAUGGGGACUCCUCACAUCAAGCAGCAGUGCUGGGCUUGUGGGCAAAACAUCUGCAUUCUCAUGUCCAAGCACUUCUGUCCAGCCAAACCAGAGAGCAGAAUGUCUGUGUUGUUCUUUGGCUGGGAGGUGACCUAUGAUGAUGACUCCCCCCGUGUGGAGCUGGGGUCCUCUCAGGAGCCCACGGACCGGGGUGUCUACACCAUGUACCACGGCACCAGUGUGGCCAACGCGCGGCUCAUCAUCGCUAACGGUUUUCAACAGUCCACGCGCGGCAUGUUGGGACCGGGGGUCUACAUUAGUCGCGACAAAAAGAAGGCAGAGCGGUACCCCAUUAACAGCAACCCUUCAGACCGUGUGGCUCUGGAGCUGCGUGUCCGCGUAGGCCGAGUGAAGCGGAUAGACAAGGACAACCACCCCAUGCAGUACACCUGGAGCUCGCAGGGCUAUGACACGGCCUGGGUGCCCCCGAACUGCGGCAUGAAAGCCGUGCCCAGCGGCCUGGAGGAGGACUGUGUGUUUGACCCCAAGAGGGUGAAGGUUGUGGGCAUUGCAAAAGCUCCAAACCCCACCAUCCUCAGUGAACUUCAGCAGCUUCUAGCCAAAAGUCUGAACACUGGUACAGAUGCAUGUUCUGUCUGCAAAAGAACCCAGCAGGCAGCUCCUCACAUCAAGCAGAUAUGCUGGGGAUGUGGACAAAACAUCUGCACACUCAUGACCAAGCAUGUGUGUGCACAGUAACACAGGUACCCCUGAUGUAGAAUCUGCUGGAUUUACAGCAGCGGAAAAAAGGUUUCAGACACCCUUAUUUCUUAAAACUAUUUUUGUCACAUCUUACAAAUGUCUUUUUGUCUCUCCCAAGGGAUUUAUCACCAUCCAUUAUAAAAUUAUCCUCUGCAUUUUGCAUUUUAAAGUGAAAAUCUGGUGUUUUCCUUAAUUUAUUUACCUGAUCAUGUAGAUGUUCAUAAAAAGUCAGAGUAA